GGCUCUGGACACCUCCUUUCCUUAUACUGUUUCAGAUCUCAAUUUCUCUACUCAACAACCUCUACCCGUAAUCGUAUCUCAACCCAUUUCUUGAUUAAAUACCUGGUUGAUUCUCUAGGGUUCUCGAAAAAGGAAGCAAUUUCUACGUCUUCCAAGCUAACUCCACAGAAAACCAUAAAAAAUCCCGAUUUACUCCUCAAUUUCUUGAUACAAACCGGUUUUGACAAGACCCAGAUUAAAAAAUUGGUUUUUCGAGAACCCAGAUUGCUAUACCGUGAUGUUUCCAGAACCCUAAUACCCAAACGCCAGUGCCUUGUGGAUCUCGGGUUAUCCGGGUCGGACCUGGUGAGUGUAAUUGCAAAAGAUCCUAAUUUUUUUGAGAGAAGUUUAGAUACUCAUUUAAGACCUACCAUUGGUUGUCUCAGGAGAAUUUUGGGUAGCGAUGAAGAUGUUGUUAAGGCUAUUAAGAGAGCUGUUUGGUUGCUCUCUUUUGGUACCCAUCAUAUUAUGGAGACUAAUGUUUUGUUGUUGAGAAACUAUGGUUUUUCUGAUUUGAUGAUAAAAAAAUUUGUGCUUAGAAAUCCUACUUCUAUUACAAAAAACCCUGAGUGGUUUAAGGAUUUGUUGCAUAGGGUGGAGAAGGAUUUCCGAGUUACGCCUGACUCCACCACUUUUCUAUAUGGAUUUCGUGCGUUAGCCAGUCAAAAGAAGUCUACGCUGGAAAAGAAGAUUGGUAUUUUCAAGAGUUUUGGAUGGUCUGAUGAUCAUAUAGUCGAGAUGUUCAGUAAGCUACCUCAUUGUGUUGCUUUCUCAGAGGUUAGAAUUGAGAAAGCAUUGAAUCUUUUCAUGAAGGAGCUCAGUUUUGAACCUUCUUACUUGGCUUCUCGUCCAUCAAUUUUGAUCUAUAGUCUGGAGAAAAGGGUGAUACCUCGGAUGCAAGUCUUGAAAAUUUUGGACGAAAAGAAGCUUAAGAGGAGAAAGUGGGCUCUUUAUCCUGUUCUGGUGUUAACAGAGUCAAAGUUCAUAGACUAUUUUGUGCUACCCUACAAGGAUCAGAUACCUGAUCUGUAUGAAUCGCACAAAAAAACUCUGGCUCCUUAGUGCUCCAAGAUAUUCACUUUAUAUAUAUUUAACUUAUUUUUCACUCACUUUUAUUUUAUUUGAUAUGGUGAUGAUAUGAGUUGAGCUUAAACAAAGAAGUGAGGUUUCAUAUAGCCGACUCCAACUUGUUUGGGUUUGAGGUGUAGUUGUUGCGUUGGCUCGAAAAUGUCCUGUUCAUUUUGCAUUAUUUGAUAAUAUACUUAAUUGGUUGGUUCUAAAAAGUGAGAAACCAGAAAAUGGGAGGUUCUACGUUAUCCAUUAAUUACGGGUGCGGGUGACUCCUCUACCUAUUGCAUAGGUCCGCUUCCGGUACAAAUUGUGUAAAAUUCAGGGCGACUCGAAGAAAUGGUCUGUGGAAUGGAAUUGCUGCUUUGCUUAGUAAGAGUCUUUGUGGACAUGAUCAUUGCGAGUUUUGGCUCAACUUGGAUAUCUUCCCCAGAGACAGCUUUCUCAUCUCAGCUUAUACAGGUUUGGUUUGGACAAAAGAAUGGUUCCUAGAAUCAAAAUUUAUUCAGAACUUUGAGCUGGAUUUAUGAGGAUAAAAUUCCUAUGAAUUCUAUACAAAAAAUGUAGGAUAACACCAUAACUCGAGAGCAUCUUUUAAACAAGGUGUAUUUAUUUCCCCAUUCCGUAUUGUUGCAUUUGUUCCUUCUUUUCCCAAACUAUCUGAUUAGUUGUAGCGUUGUCAAAGGUGUGUUUUAUUGUUGCAUUUGUUCCUUCUUUUUCCAAACUAUCUGAUUAGUUGUAGCGUUGUCAAAGGUGCGUUUAAAACACGCUUUUGUGGGCGUAUCAGUGUCGUAUCAAGGUUCUAAGGUAUCC